AUGCAGAUCGUCUCUAGUAUUGCACGAUUCUUACAGAUCCUCUUCAGCGUUGUUGUGCUGGGUCUCUCUAUCACUUUGGCAAGACAACAAAAGUAUGGAAAGGUCCCAUCUCAGACCAGCUACGCUGCUUUCACUGGGGCUCUUGGUAUCAUUGCCUCAGUGAUUGGUAUUGUCUCUCUCUUCGUCGACCGGUUAAGAGGUGUCUUUACCUGGGUUCUUGACGGCGUCACUAGUAUUGCCCUCUUAGCUGCGGGCGUGGCUUUCUCGGUGGCCCUCAAGGGUGUCGACUGCAAUAAUACUUCGACUGAUGGGCCCAGUUGGGACAAUCCCCUAAUCAGCGGGGGGUGCUACGUGGAUAAGGAGGGCACGAAGUGGUGUGCUGACAAGUACAAGGUGCAUAGCCGUUGCGUUACUGCCGAGGCUGACGCUGCGUUUAUGUUCCUUGCCUUCCUUGCUUGCAUUGGUGUGCUUGUCGUUUCUUUCCUUUCCCGCCGCAACUAA